AUGCCCAAACUCCUUGAGGUGAUACCGUACAGCCCGAUACGGUGCAAGGAAAGAUGUGGUACUUUGAAGCCGCGGUUCAAGGCCGACUGGAGCACUCUAGCAUCUUUAGCCGACCCCUCCCAACCACAUGAGAUGAAUCCUCAUGGCCCCUACCAGCUGGGUCUUGCUCAAGCGAAGGAUUUUCUUGGAGCACGAUGCGAGCGAAACAGGAGGGGAUUCCUUGAUCGGCGAGCGAAACAGAAGAGACGCCAUCCUCGCCUACAUGCGGAUCUUGAAACCAGAUGCCCGCUUCGCCAAUCCACCGGAGCUGUCCUCCCUCCGCAUACUGCGGCCGGCGAGGUCCACCCCGGGGACAAGAAUCUGCUCGCCCUCUUGGCCGGUCCUUACCGCCCCGGCACCAAUUCAAAAGGAGGCUACCUGAUCUACGACGCCAGUAAGAAUUCCCUCUCGACGAUCCCACAGCCCCCCUAUGAGUACGACCGUGCCGACGUCGGGAUGGGAGCCGCCAUCAUGAGCCUCGAGGAUGGAGCAUACGUUCUUGUCGAGCUCACCAAGGUAACAGACUCUGACCGUAGUGAAGCCGCACUCUACACGUGGCAGUCGUCCACCGCGGAAUGGGUCAUCAAGGUGGCGAGCCUUCCUCCCGACCUGUCCUUCAGGGCAGACAUGUGCUUCUCCUAUCGAGGCUCUAGUUUCUGCUGGGUGGAUUUGCUUAAAGGCGUGCUCAUCUGUAAUCUGGACGCUCUGCUUCAGCACGGCGUCCGCCCAGAGUUUCGCUUCGUUCCUCUGCCCCGAGAGUGCCCGACCUAUGACCGUGACCAAACGUUCAGACGGAAGUGGCCACUGCAGCCGGAGCAGUUCCGUUACAUUGCCAGUAUUGGUGGGAUCAUCAAACUCGUCACCAUGGAUGGCUAUGGCGAGCGGCAUGGAAAACAAGUAACACUGACCAUCUGGAUGCUCUCGCUGGAUCUCUGCACCUGGACGAAAUGCAAUGUGUACCAUGUCAAGGACAUUUGGGCAAGCGAGAGCCACCACUCGUUGGGCUUGCCGGAGGUCUUGCCGUCCUUCCCGGUGCUGAGCGUGGAUGAAGAAGACGUUGUCUACCUGUUCUUCGCUGACGUGAUCAGGACAGAUGACCAUGGAUCUGUUGUGAUCAGGACAAAUGACCAUGAAUCGGUGUUCCAAAGCCAUUGUUUGAUUCGUGUUGACAUGAAGCAUAACAAAGUCUCCCACCAUCCAAAAAGUGCAGAUGAGAUGCCUUUUCAACUCUUCAGCAGUGAAAUUCUUGCCACUGAGUGCAGUGCUUACCUACAGGGCAUAGAGGACCAACAGGGAAAGAUGAAAGCAAGAAAGGCAGGGGAAAGUGGAAAGAGGGUGUUCCCAUGA